CAGAUAGUCCAAUGCAGUCCAGGCAAAACACGAGAAAGAAAAAGAAAGAGAAAGAAAGAGAGAGAGAGAGAGCCCCCCACGACGCAGUCCACAUCAAAGUCCUGGUGCGUUCUUGACAUGCCACCACGUGAUACCGUGCCGACCUCUUCUCGUUCUCCUUCUCCUUCUCAAAACCAUCGCCUUCUUCUCCUCCAAUGCCCCCCCUUGAUCCCUUGAUCCAAGCUUCGAUCUUCUCCAAUGUUUUGAUCCCUUGAUCUCUGCUGUUUUGACAAACUUCUUUGAUUUGGUUGUUCCUUUCUCUUGGUUCUGUGAUGGCUGGUGGUGAAGAGAGGAAGAAGGGAGAGGGGAUGGUGCCGCUGGCUUUGCUGCUAAAGAGGGAGCUCAGCAAUGAGAGAGUUGAGCGUCCUGAUGUUCUCCAUGGGCAGGCAAGCCAGGCUCGUAAGGGCGAAGACUUCACUCUUGUUAAGAUCGAUUGCCAGCGCGUCCCCGGUGAUGGCUUCUCCACCUUUUCCGUCUUCGCGCUGUUUGAUGGGCACAAUGGAUCUCAAGCAGCUAUAUACUCAAAGGAGAAUCUCUUAAGCAAUAUUUUACGCGCCAUUCCUUCAAAUCUAAGCAGGGAAGAGUGGCUAUUAGCACUUCCAAGAGCGCUGGUUGCUGGGUUUGUUAAAACAGACAAGGAUUUUAUAGAUAAAGCUCAUUUUUCGGGAACGACCGUAACACUAGUGAUAAUUGAUGGUUUGGUGGUAACUGUAGCAUCAGUUGGCGAUUCACGUUGCAUCUUAGAAUCUGCUGAAGGUUCAGUUUAUUAUCUUUCAGCAGAUCAUAGACUAGAAUCUAAUGAAGAAGAGGUGGAACGUGUCAUAGCAAGUGGAGGUCAGGUUGGUCGACUAAAUUCUGGUGGUGGUGUAGAGAUUGGACCCCUUAGGUGUUGGCCAGGUGGCUUGUGUCUAUCAAGGUCAAUUGGAGAUCUGGAUGUUGGGGAAUUUAUUGUUCCUAUCCCUCACGUGAAGCAAGUCAAGUUGUCAAACGCUGGAGGUCGACUUAUUAUAUCUAGUGAUGGUGUAUGGGACGCUUUGACCGCUGAAAUGGCUAUAAAAUGCUCUCGUGGAUUGCCAGCAGAUGCUGCAGCUAGUCAAAUUGUUAAAGAAGCUGUUCACUUAAUGGGGCUGCGAGAUGAUACUACAUGCAUCGUAGUUGAUGUAUUACCACCAGAGAAGUUGACCCCUCCUGUUCCUCCAUCAAAGAGACAAGGGAUGGGGAUAUUCAAGUUUAUGUUUCGUAGAAAAUCAUGUGAGACAUCAACUCAUUCAGAUAGAGAAUUAUCUGAGGCAGACCUUGUUGAAGAAAUAUUUGAGGAUGGAUCAGCAAAACUUGCCCAAAGGUUGUCGACCAACCACCAAUCACAUAAUACGUUCAAACUGUUUGCUUGUGCAAUUUGCCAAGUAGGGAUGAAGCCUGGUGAGGGCAUUUCUGUAAAUUCCACCUCAUCAAAACAUAGAAGAUUACGGCCAUGGGAUGGUCCUUUGCUCUGCAAAAGUUGCCAGAUAAAAAAGGAAGCUAUGGAAGGAAAAAGGCAUUCUUGAGAUUCUUGAAAUAAUGGUGAGCAUAAGUAGAUGCAUUUCAAAUGCUCAUUGCCAUCUCCAAUUGUACCAUGCGCCGGUAAGGCUUUUUAACUUGAUGAAGACCCAGUAACAGUUUCUCAUAAUCAUGGUCCGACACAUUUAACUGGUUACAUAUCAUAAUAUGGAGGCAACUUAUUUGCGUCAAGCUUUCAUUUUCAAAGAAGUUGAAGCUCAUGGGUCCUCGCAUGUCGAGCUGCUUUCUGGUGGGGAGAAAUAUUUCAUCCCAGAGAAUUUGAUUGCCAUUCAUCACAUCCCCUCAUGCAAAGAGUUCUCAAGCUGACUGUUUUUUUUUUUUUUAGAUAUUUUCAAUUAUGUAUAUUUAUCGAUAUGGUAUAAUAGCCAAGUAAAUUUGGUGAAAAUUACCCUAAUUAUUUUUCUAUUGGAGACAAGGAACAAGGAUAUGGUAUAGUAGCCAAGUAGAUUUGGUGAAAAUUCUACUAAUUAUUUUUCUAAUGGAGACAAGGAACAAGGAUUUGUGCCUGCAAACAAAGGCUGAAUAGAGUGUGUACUGGUGUUGUGCUUUGGCAUAACAAAAGGUAAGUUCUCUU